UGGUGGAGAGCGGUAGGGGCCAUUCCAGGGGUAUGCAUGAGUGAGAGAGAGUGUUAGCAGUCUAAGCACUAAUGACAAGUUUUAUUCUCCUGUUUUUGUCUUUUUAAAAUGUGGAGGUUAAGACUAUGAGAGGUGUAGAUGGCUUCUGGGGUGCAAUCAUUUUAAUACUGAAGAAUGUGGCGUUAGCGGCCAGGACCUCGCUGGGCUGCUCUGAAUGAACACAGGACGACACAGGAAACUUUAAAACAAUUCCCGUCAAAGCAGAGCCCCGCGUUGUUGCUGGGCUGAAACUCGCUGGCUUGUCAUUGCCUCCAAAAAUUCAGAUUGAAAUGGAUUUGUCUGUUAUGCCUUUUUUUCCCACCUAUCCCUCUCUCUCUCCCUCUCCAGCUCUCUCCCAGUGUCUCUUGCCUACAAUAGCAUAGUGGCGAGAUCUGCUCAUUGCAGAAUUCCGUUGAUUGGCGAGAGAGCCAAAGGGAAAAACGGGAUCAAAGUUCGCUGACAUGCUGCGGCGAUCAGGUGCACUGUGAGAAGUCCGGGGGGAGGAAAAAAAAUGUCUGGCCGUGAUCUGCGGAUGGAAGAAUGAAGCACCCGGGAACUUUUUACAGAUCUGGAAGAGUCGUACCCCUGUGAUUGUGAGCAUUCAUGUGGGGUUCAGGGAGGCUUGGUUGCGAGACAAGACCAAUCAUUUGUCCUGAUUCCCUGGGCUGAGAGGAGGCAAACAGAGGGGGACGGGACGAGCAAACCCCUCUAUCAAGACCUGAUCUAUUUCCCCAAACAAUUUAGUGUAUUCAUGAGGUUACGCAAAUGUGGAGGCAGCGAAAUUACCGUAAUCAAUUGAAACAGCAAGUGCGCUUCCAUGGCUCUGAUUAUGUGAAGAUCAUCUAUCAGCCUGAUGUCUAUGUAGCGAAGAAAGGGGGGCACUGAAUUACUGUUGAGUUUCAGUGAGAAGUCCAUGAUCAUUGGGCAAAGGGAGUUUGGUCAGUGAUAAUAGGGCUCCUUGGUCUGGCGACAGAAGUAUUUUUCCAAACAUUAGAUAGCUGACUCUGUCCUGCUGGAAGGUGCUGUUUUGAAACUAAAACCCACACUGUCCAGACGAUCUGGUGUGCCGUGCUCUCCCAGAUAUCCUUUUUUUUCACUUGACAAAGGAAAAAAAAGGCGAACCGCAGGUCCUGAGGAUAAACUGAGGAUGGAGGUCAGGUACAACCAAGAGACGGAAGGGAUGGUGCUGAAGAAUGGACUAAAGGAGGGAAAGGAUGGCAAGGACUCCCAGGGCAGCUUGUCCAAAAGCUUCCUCAAGGAGCAGCAGGACUCCUUUUCCCCUUCUGGGACUCUGGACAACUGCGAGAAGAACAGAGGGAGCACAGGGGACCCAGACUACUGCCGGAGAAUCCUGGUCCGAGAUGCUAAAGGCUCCAUCCGAGAGAUUAUUCUGCCGAAGGGUUUGGAUUUGGACCGGCCCAAAAGAACCCGCACCUCCUUUACUGCAGAGCAGCUCUACCGGUUAGAGAUGGAGUUCCAGAGGUGCCAGUACGUGGUUGGGAGGGAACGGACUGAACUGGCCCGCCAGCUCAAUCUGUCUGAAACUCAGGUGAAGGUGUGGUUCCAGAACCGGCGCACUAAGCAGAAGAAGGACCAAGGGAAGGACUCUGAGCUGCGUUCAGUGGUUUCAGAAACAGCAGCAACCUGCAGCGUCCUAAGACUGCUGGAGCAGGGGCGGCUGCUGACACCUCCGGGCUUGUCAGGCCUUCUACCCCACUGCAGCAGUGGCUCUCUGGGCUCUGCCCUGCGCCCUCCCUCCAUGGCCAUGGCCAGCAAUGGCAGCAAUAACAGCAACAGCAGUGGUGGAGGCAGCACUGGCACGGCAGGCGGCAGCCCUCCUCUACCCACUGUCACCAGCUCAGGGACAGUGGCAGGCCUGCAGAGCUCAUCUGCAGCACACAGCCUCUUCAGUUUCCCCAUGCCCUCCUUACUCAGUGGCGUCGCCACCCGCAUUUCCUCCAAUCCCCUGUCCAUGGCUGGAUCGCUGGCUGGAAACCUGCAGGAACUUUCCGCCCGCUACCUGAGCUCUUCUGCUUUUGAGCCUUACUCGCGGACCAAUGGCAAAGAAUCAAUGGAUAAGAAAAUUCUGGAAUGAUGCCUUGUUUUCCCACAGAUGGAUUCCUGUUUCCUCUGGACAUGUUUCGGUUGUUUCCUUGGCUUUCAUUGUCUGUGUUUGGUUUUGCUCAGUCUCUACCAUCUAUCUGUGUCAAGUUCUGUAGCAGUUCAUGUAUUCCAGUUGCACAUCUGGCACCUUGUACAAGGAGAAAAACAAAGACCUGUACAAGCUCAUCUAACAAGGACAGGGUGGCAAUGGGAGGAUUUUGCACAAAAUAUUCAUAAGUAACUAAAGAUAUACAGACAUUUAGAAAGGCCCACUUUGAGGUGAUCAAUGAGGGAUCUUUCAGGUUUCUGAUUAUAAAAUCUGUAGUUCUAUCUGUUGGUCAAUUAUAAUCAUUUAGACAGGGUCUUAGAGAACAUGGCUGCUUCAUGCCACAAAACCUCCACAAGGGGAAGUGGCACUUGGUUUACAGCAAGGGAUAUAGGAUUGGUGACAGAAAGUGUGAAGUGAUUGUACCUUAUUGAAUUUAGUUUCAUUAUUUGAUUGUGUUGGGUAGUUGCAUGUCACCGCAGUGAGUACAUAAAGAGAAAGAGCAGCAGCAGUUUGUGAGACCCUGUCAGCAAAUCAGAAUGUUUAAAAUUUGAAAUGCGUCAUAACUUUUUUUCAACAAAGAAAUUGGGGAAGAAAAGUGCCUAUGUUUGAAGGUCACUGCAAGGCCAGUGUCAGCGUGAAACCCAGUGCAUUAGACACGCGAAUACAAUUUGCUUAUGCAGAUACCUCUUACAAAUAUUGAUCUUACAAAAGAGAUCAUUUGUAUAUCCAUUUGUAUUAAAUUUGGACCAAACCAAAACAUAAUCCAGAAAAGGUGUUGUCAUACAGUAUGAUGGUUCAAUUGUUCAGUGUUGUUUUCUCUGUGGUUUGGAGAAGAUUUUUUAACAUUUUACAACAAAAUCUUCGCUUUGUGGCAAUUUCUUUGUCAAGCUGCGGCACCUGACUUUUUUUUUUCGUCUGUGAUUUUAAUACCACUGGAAGUUCUCAGAGUUUCGGUGUACAGUUUUGAUUUCAUGUGGAAGCUAAUUCCAGGAAUGAGUUGCUGAAAGGGCGAGUCCUAAAAAGGGCUUUUCAGCAUCAGUAAGCUGCUUGCUUUGUUGAACACUACAAGGUUUUUCAUUCAUUGAGGCUAUAGUAACAUUUCCUCUCUUUGUGAAAUUUUCAGAAUCCACAGCUUUCAUAAGAAGAUUUACGCAGACUGAUGCAUGUAAAGACUGAAUGGAAUUAUUGUAGUAUAAAAAGUACUGGAAAUGAGAAAAGUACCUUAAAAUUGUUAUUUUAUUGUAAAUUAUUCAAUUCUGUAAUUAAUAGACUAUUAGUGUCUGGAAAAUAAUGAAUGAAUGUAUUUGCAGGGUUGAGGAAUCAAUCAAAAGCUCUUUGGUGCUGUCUUUGUGAAAUAUCUUGAAAUUUGUGAAACGUGUGGUACAAAUGUGCAUAUAUAUAAUGUAUAUGGAUACAGACAAAGUGUGAUUUUCCUUUUUCUUUCAUACAUGUUGCUAUGAAUUGAGUUAUGAUAAAUUUCAUGACUGUUAUACCUCCAUGUUUUCUACACUAUUUUUGGUAAUAUGACUUUCUAAUGUUGUUAUCUUUCGCCCUUUGAUUACAGUGGAACAAUAUGUAGAGCUGGUGGUUUAAAUUCAAACUUGUCUUAUGAUGGUAAGAUUAUAAAGUGGGUCAAGAGGUUUUAAAAAAAAUUACAGUAAGACUAAAACUUUUAAAUCAAUUUCAUUAGGACACCAAUGUUGAUCAUCAAUUAUUUUUGCCAUUUACUUUAUUUAUUAAUACACAAUGUCAGAAAUUAGUGAAAAAAUGACAUGACUGUCCUUAUUCCCAAAAGUCCAAGCUGAUGUCUUCAAAUGUCUUGUUUUCCUAUGACCAACUGCCCAGAACCCAGAGUUAUCCUGAGUUAAGAUCUAAAAUAAAGAAGGCAGGAAAUUCCCACAUUGAAAUCUAUAGAAUCUGAGAAUGAAAAAAAGUUCUUUGUCAAUUUAAUUUUGUAUUCCUUUUUUAUUAUAAGCUCAAUAUUUGAUAUUUGUAUGAAAGUGUUUUAUUAUUGUGACUAAGGGGAAACUAGUAAAACAUCCAAAGGUCAAAUAAAAGAGUUGCCAAAGUGUCCUUGGGCAAGAUACUGAACCCCAAAUUGCCCCUUCUCAUAGAGAAAAGUGCUGCAUAUACAUUAGAUGCACUGUAUGAAUGUGUGUGUGAAUGGGUGAAUGUAAAACUGUACUACUAAGCGCUUUGAGUGGUCAUCAAGACUAGAAAAGUUCUAUAUAACACAGACAUUUACCAUUUACUGCUGUGAGCUUAGAAUAAUAAGCUUCAGGAGCAACACUGAGUUUUGCUUCUCAGGCAGGCGGGCCCAAGUUUUUUAAUAAGUGAUCAACACAUCAUUCGGUCUAAACCAGAGAAAGGCUGUCACCACUAAAAGCUGAGCACUACCUUGAUCUUGUAUGUUUUGAGGGUUCAAAAAUCAUUUAGAGUGAAUACUUCUCGUAAAAUAGACUAGAAUUGAACAACAAUAAAGGGAAGAACAGUGUUUCCUCUAGUAAAAAACAUCUAUCAAUAAAGAGCUCUGUCAUUGAAACUAAAUCAUUUUAGAUCCCUCUCUGUUUGGACAGCCAUUAUUAAAAAAAAAAUUUUUUUAUCAGGAUAUUAAAUGUACAAAAUUUGAGUUUUUAACAUCAAUCACAGUCAAUCAUUAAUCUCACUCUCCACUGAUGAAGACAAUGACGUGUGGAGGAAAACUUUAGAAAAAGUUAAUGAAGUUCAGAAUUUUAAACAACUGUUUCCAAAGUUAGCACAACUGUCUCGUGUGGCAUUCACAGUUUUAGUUUUGCUUGUAGUGGGAAUAAAGAAACUUUCAUUGUACCUCCCACUUCUGAAACCAAACCUAUGCCCUGAGACGCAGUGACAUUAGCUUACUGUUCACACUUAAUCUGUGCACUUAAUAGGAGUUGAGUCUGCAAGGGGACGAAAGGUCCUGGAUGAGCCUGCUGUGUGGUGACCGAGGUAUGCAGCAACAGAGCUUUACUGGUUGUGCCAUCAAAGAGAGAAAAACAUCUUUCCAUGACACCAUGAAAAGAGUCAGGUCAUCUGUUUUGUUUUUUUAAAGUGUCUUAAAUAAAAGCUGGAAAACACAUUUUAGAGCAAUAUCAAAUCAUAAAUCCAGAGCAACUGUAUUCAAAGGAGUAGCAGAGGAUAUACACCACAAGCCCCUGUUCAGCAGCGUGGCCUCAUCAGGAUGGUGUGUGUCUGCUGUUGCCAGUGGUGAAAAGUGAUGAUAUAAAUGUAAUCAAGUAGUGUACCUGUACCUGUAUCUGUACAUAUUUCCAAUCAAUGAUAUUUUCCACUUAUACAAUUUGAAUUCAGUUCAAAGGAAAUUGUGCUUUUAAUCCAUAAAAUAUAUGUAAUAACUGUG